AUGUUAAGUCGUUGUCUUUUACAAACUAGAAGCUUUGCUGCACAAGGUCCAUUAAGGACUUCUGUUCGCUUUUUGACAACUUUCAAACAAGAGGAUCAACCAAGGUUGAGAAUCAAUUCAAAGGUACCAAACUUCACUGCAGAAACAACAGAAGGUAAAUUGAACUUUUACGACUACUUAGGUAACUCUUGGGGUGUUCUUUUCAGUCAUCCUGCUGAUUUCACGCCGGUUUGUACCACCGAGCUGGGUUCUUUUGCUUCCUUGAAGCCAGAAUUCGAUAAACGUGGUGUUAAGUUAAUCGGUCUCUCUGCUGAGGGUGUUGAGUCGCAUAAGAAAUGGCUGUCAGACAUCGAAGAAGUUAGCAAGCUGAAGAAAUUCAAUUUCCCGAUCAUCGCAGAUGAGUCCAAAGAGGUCGCCUUCUUGUAUGAUAUGGUUGACGAAGAGGGCUUUAAGAAGUUAGCUACUGGUCCCGUUGCUACCAUAAGAUCUGUCUUCAUCAUUGAUCCUUCCAAGAAACUUAGAAUCUCCUUUACGUAUCCACCUUCAGUCGGCAGAAACACGCACGAAGUACUCAGAGUCAUUGAUGCUCUGCAAUUAACGGAUGCGAAGGGUGUUGUUACUCCAAUUAACUGGCAGAAGGGCGACGACGUUAUCAUUCCUCCUACAGUUUCUGAUGCCGAUGCCUCCAAGAAAUUUGGAGAGUUUACAAAAGUAAAGCCAUAUCUUCGUUUCACCAAGGUCUAA